CCAGAGCCUGUCUGCUGUAGCACAGGCUACCUUCAUCACGACCAACCUCAGUCAAAGCAGCACAGGCAGCCUGUCCGGAUGGAGGGCGAGCUGUUCACUUGAUUUGUAUCAGUAACCGUGCCUCGCGGCGUGAAGGGCAUUUGGGGAUGUUGUUAUUUGCAUUUUGUUUUAAGGAAAAGGGGCUCAAGUGAGAGUGUUAUUCCAGCGAUGUGAUUAUGAUACCAGUAUGUUGCAUAACGUUACACAGUCAGCGUGAUUUGCUAUGGGAUACUACAGGCUAACCCCAAGCUAGCAUAGGGAUUGUUUUGGGAGAUACCUUUUUGAAAAACUCACACGCCGACACAUGAAUUAGACACUUUUUGUGAAUUUUCAUCAAGCUGGAACACAAAGGGGGAUGUCUAGCCAAGGAGUUAGGAGAAAUGGCCCAGUAAAGCUGCGGUUGACAGUCCUGUGUGCAAAGAACCUGGCAAAGAAAGAUUUCUUCCGGUUGCCAGAUCCUUUUGCCAAAGUGGUGGUUGACGGCUCAGGACAAUGCCACUCUACGGAUACUGUGAGAAAUACGCUGGACCCAAAGUGGAAUCAACAUUAUGAUCUAUACAUUGGAAAGGCAGACUCAAUCACCAUCAGUGUAUGGAACCACAAGAAGAUCCACAAAAAGCAGGGCGCAGGAUUCCUGGGCUGUGUUCGCCUCCUGUCCAACGCCAUCAACAGACUGAAAGACACUGGCUAUCAGAGACUAGACCUGAAUAAGCUGGGCCCCAAUGACAAUGAUACUGUGAGAGGACAAAUAGUCGUAAGUCUUCAAUCCAGAGAUCGCAUUGGGACAGGAGGGCCGGUGGUGGACUGCAGUCGCCUUUUCGACAAUGACUUACCCGAUGGCUGGGAAGAGAGGAGGACAGCUUCUGGAAGGAUACAGUACCUGAACCACAUCACACGUACCACGCAAUGGGAGAGACCUACCAGGCCAGCAUCAGAGUACUCUAGCCCAUCAGGGCGUCCGCUGAGCUGCGUGGUGGACGAGAACACGCCAGUGAUGACACCUGUUAAUGGGGCUGAGGCCAGCGUCCCACCGGGCGAACAGCGAAUCCAGGAGAGACGGGUUCGAUCGCAGCGGCAUCGUAACUACAUGAGUCGAACACACCUGCAUACACCGCCUGACCUGCCUGAGGGUUAUGAACAAAGAACGACUCAGCAGGGGCAGGUGUACUUCCUCCACACACAGACUGGAGUCAGCACCUGGCAUGACCCCCGGGUGCCCAGGGACCUAAGCAAUGUGAACUGUGAGGAGCUGGGCCCACUGCCACCAGGCUGGGAGAUCAGAAACACAGCCACUGGCCGCGUCUACUUUGUCGACCACAACAAUCGAACAACACAGUUCACAGACCCGCGGCUAUCUGCCAACCUGCAUCUAGUACUUAACAGCCCAAGUCCAAAUGGUUCCCGUGUGGCCAUGGACAGCCAAAACACUAACCUCAGUCAUCCGCCUCAGACGAAGGACCAGGGUGGUCCUGGGGUCCCUCAGCAAGUUUUGUCACCAGCUCAGUUGCCCGAAGAGGCAGAGUGCCUGACAGUGCCCAAAUACAAAAGAGACCUGGUGCAGAAGCUGAAGAUCCUGCGGCAGGAACUUUCUCAGCAACAACCCCAGGCCGGCCACUGCCGCAUCGAGGUCUGCCGUGAGGAGAUAUUUGAGGAGUCGUACCGGCAGGUGAUGAAGAUGCGUCCAAAGGACCUCUGGAAAAGACUGAUGAUCAAAUUCAGAGGAGAAGAGGGACUUGACUAUGGCGGGGUAGCAAGGGAAUGGUUAUACCUGCUGUCCCACGAGAUGCUGAACCCCUAUUACGGCCUGUUCCAGUACUCCAGAGAUGACAUCUACACUCUACAGAUUAACCCUGACUCUGCUGUCAACCCGGAGCACCUGUCGUACUUCCACUUCGUGGGUCGUAUCAUGGGCAUGGCGGUGUUUCACGGCCACUACAUCGACGGAGGCUUUACUCUGCCCUUCUACAAACAGCUGCUGGGCAAACCGAUCACGCUGGACGAUAUGGAGUCUGUCGACCCCGACCUCCACAACAGCCUUGUCUGGAUCCUGGACAAUGACAUCACCGGCGUCCUGGACCACACUUUCUGUGUAGAGCACAAUGCCUAUGGAGAAAUCAUCCAACAUGAACUCAAACCCAAUGGCAAGAGUAUGCCCGUCUCAGAGGACACCAAGAAGGAGUAUGUCAGGUUGUAUGUGAACUGGCGUUUCCUGCAUGGCAUCGAGGCUCAGUUUCUGGCCCUGCAGAAAGGCUUCAAUGAGGUUAUUCCUCAACAUCUGCUCAAAUCCUUCGAUGAGAAAGAACUGGAGCUGAUAGUGUGUGGCCUGGGAAAGAUCGACAUCACUGACUGGAAGUCCAACACCCGUCUGAAGCACUGCACCCCCGACAGCAACGUCGUCAAGUGGUUUUGGAAAGCAGUGGAGUCAUUUGACGAGGAGAGGAGGGCCCGGCUACUGCAGUUUGUUACUGGCUCAUCCAGAGUCCCGCUGCAAGGCUUCAAGGCUUUACAGGGCGCUGCAGGGCCCAGACUAUUCACCAUUCAUCAGAUCGAUGCUAACACCAACAAUCUGCCCAAAGCCCAUACCUGCUUCAAUCGGAUUGACAUUCCGGCCUACGAGAGCUACGACAAGCUGUACGACAAGCUGCUGACAGCCAUCGAGGAGACCUGUGGCUUCGCAGUGGAAUGAGAGACACAUUGGAGAGUGUGUUUGUGUGUGAACAUGUGUAACUGUGUGCAGGACUCUGAUAGGCUAUCAUUGUCAGUGCGACGUGCCGACAGGCUCACUCAGAGCCUGAUGCGUGCAUCUUCGACCAGCCUGCAGUCUUCCUCUUCUCUCACACUCUCCGCAUUCUUCCCUUAUUGAUAUGUGUUUGAACAGCUGCUAGAGAGUCAACCCCUGUCAUUUAUUGUUUAUUCAGUUAUUUGUUUGGGUUUUGUUUGUUUUGUUUUGGUGUAGUUUGUGUGAAAUACAGAAAGCAAAUUAAGAGAUGUCAAGUUAAGAGCUGCAGCAUUUCUUUCAACAGCUGUGAGUGAGCCGUUUGUUUUUGGCGGCUCCCUUUGCAUUGAGAAGAAGAAACGGCACUGCCUGGUCAGCUCACUUUAAAUGUAUUCAAAUCAGGAAGCAGUUUAUCAACUUACAGUUCAGCAUCUUACAAAAGUGUUUCUUUUAAAAACUCUCCCUAGGCAUUUGAGAACAGUGUAUUUUGUUUUGCAAUUUAAACUGAUUGAAUUGAUCCAUGUCAUGCUACUGAAUCUUGAACACUGCAGGUAGCCAUAUCUUGCCCUUAGUAGCCAUCUUAACCUCAACCAAUACACCUUCCAGUCCUCAUGGCUGCAGAGUUGGUGUGCUUCAUCUUGUAGGAGUGCCACAAAUUCAUCCUACCUCAGUAUAAUGCUUUGAUAGUUGAAGGGUUUCAUUCCAAAAAGGCUAUGUAUUCUUUUUUGGAGAAGUUGAUCAUUCAAAUUCAGAAUAGAAAAUCUUUAGUUUUUACAGCAAUGCUCCAUAAUUUAAUUUUCACACCAGCAGUCAUUUUCAUCUGUAAAACCAUAUAAUUUAAAUUGUGAAUAUAUCAUUUUGAAAUGGAAGUCAUACAGACUGACUUGGACGUGGGUCUGAUGUUUUGUGGCAUUUUUGAGUCGAGCUUGUCGUUGGUUGUUUAAAGUUUCGGGACGGACUCUGAUUGGACUCUGGUUAAGAAGAAGGUAUGAAUCUUGUUUUUUUUUCCCUGAAUCACUGCAGUGUGGCCACAGCUCUUGUAAACGUGUGUCUGUAUGUUUCUGCAUAUGUAUGUAAGUGUGCAUUUGUAUGUUAGGAAGGUAGACAUUUUACAGAUGAAUUCCCCAUCAUCUCUACUAGCACAGUAUCCUGUAUUUGAAGCUGCAGAGCUGAUUGAACCUCACUUUUUGAGCCUGGUUCAUCGUCUUUUUCCCUCAUUUACACAUAUGUCUCCAGCAGUUACAAGUAUGCAUGUUUCCUUUUUUUGUAAUCCAACCCAGCACACUUCCUGUCAGAUCAUAUGUGAAAAGGGCACAACUGUCCAUGGGACCAGGCUUGAUAAAAAAGCUAUUCAAGGCAGGCGUCUAUUUUCAGUCACAUCGUCAGUUUAAAAAGACAGAAACAUUUCUUUUUCUCUGUCUUGUCACUUUAGAGCACUUUACAAACUGAGCAGUUAUAGCAGGAGUUCUUUCUUCACAGUAGAUUAAAAUAUAUCACGUUUCAUUUGCUAUACAACUACAUUAGAAAUAUACAGAUUAAAAAAUAUCUAUACACCUGUAAUUUUUGAGUAUAUAUGUACAAAUACAUAGCUAUUUUGUAUAUUGUUGCUUGUUCUUUCUGUUCAAUUUAAAUGCAAGCAUGUUGGUGUCUGUCACAGACCUCUUUGCAUUCUCAGGUGAAGUUGUCCUUUGUAUUUUAAAUUGUUUUUGUUUGUUUUUUUACAUUUAUUAGGCUAGUAUGUGAGGAGGGGUAAAACUGUUUUUAAUUGAAACUAUAUUUCAGAGGCCCUGUCCCAUGAUAGUGUGUAAAAGUUGGCAGUUUAAAGAGCUAUUUUCUUUUGGUCAAUCACUUUCACUUAUUAACACACCCAUACCUUCAUAGGAGAACCUGAAUGGCCAUAUUUGCUGCUCUGGAGGUCUGUGUCACCACUGAAUACCAAACAGCACAGACGACAAUAUUAUUUCAUAUGCACAGGAGCAGUCUGUCAUGAAUUUUUAAAAAGCGAGGAAAUAAUAGACUGAAUGCUGAUGGUGGCCUCAAAUCCUCAGAGCUGCAAAUGCUGGCAGUUGACUGCUGCUGAACUCCUUGAUGCUACAUGGUGAAAAUGAUCAACCAAAAUGAAAAGUCACUAGAAACCAGAGAGGCAACAGUGAGGAGCGUCUCCCAUCACCGGAGCCUCCAUCCAAAGAAAACCCUCUGCAUGAAUGGAUGCUCAACAGAGAAAGCCUAUUUAUUUGCAUAAUUAUUACGCUUGGAAAACCUUUUGACUUCUAUGUAUGCUGCCUGCAUUUAUUGGUAACCAUGAAUAGUUUGUUAGCUUAUACUCAGAAACCUUGAGUUUUUUAUUUUGUGGUCAUCAUGAAACAAAACAGAGUACAUUGUAAUUGUCGUCUUUGUACAGUUACAGAGAAAUUUAUUUGAUUUUAUCUGUAAUAAUCUGACUCAGAGAUGGAAAAGAAAUGCAUUACAAGUUUUUUUGCACACAUUAUCACAUUAUGCAUACUUAGGCUCCAAGUUAUAAUCAGACACUUCCUUCUAUUUACCAAAUAGUUUAAAAAAAUUAUAUAUAUAUAUAUAUAUAUAUAAUUUUUUUUUUUAAUCUCACAUGUUCUUGAUAUGCACACAUCACAUGUAUGUUUGUCCAGUGCACACAGUCCACUUCUGCUCUUUGAUUCUUUUUGUCAGCACCAAGUUUUCUGGCUGGUUCAGUCUUUUUAGUCUACUCUGAUUGAUCUGAUGAAUCUAAUUGAACAAACUGAGAUCCAGUUCUGGUCAAAAUGAUGUGCUUUAAUCAUAUAUUUCAUUGGUUACAGACCACAACAAGCUGUGUAAUGUUCAGCAAACUCUCUCCCCACACUUCCAUGUACACAUUUACAGGUUUAUGUGCAAAUUUUGUGUGUGUGUGUGUGUGUAAAUGACUUUUGAUUGAAUUCAGUACAAAACAGAAAAAGAAUCUUAGGGUUUUUUUUAACUGCACCAUGUUUUAUUUCUUUCGAUUUCCUAUCUGUUUUUGUAUUUAUUACUACAGUACAUGUGUUCAUAGUUUUUCACAUCAGCUGCUCUGUGAGCUUGUAAGUGACACCUGUACAUAAGGACAAUAAAGAAGCAAAGUAAUAAACUUCUUGUACCCUUGCAGAAAGCUGAGCAAUAAAACUAUGCUGUUUGGACCUCACAGCAUUAUGUUUUAUAGUA